ACGAAAGCAGAGAAAAUCCGUCUUAGAAGAAGCGGGCUGCUGACCUUCUCCUAUAAAGGGCUGAUUGCUUUCAGUAUCAGUGAAAUUGCGAUUCGUUAGAGAAUAAAUGACACUGCACUUUUAUUUUUAAAUGAAGCUGCUCUGUAAGGUAUAUCAAUGUAAUUAUACUGUUAAAAUUGGUUAACUGGUUCCUAGCAGUGAUAAGAAUAUUAGUAACAACAAAAUAGUAUUAAGAGUAAUAAUAGUAAUUUAGAAGAAGAAAAAGAAGAAGAACAUUAAAUACUGUUUUUUGAAGAAUGGUACCAUACUGUGGUACUAUUUUGUAAGUAUAGUAGAUUUUUAAUUUGAGUUCUUAUUUGUGUAAACCGAGGGCGUGCUAUUAAAUAUUUUUUUGCCUAAUUAAUGUCAUCAUUAUGAAAAAUUAUACAUCUUUUAAUUAUUUUAUAGUUUUGCCCUUGUCUUGUGGCAAGGCAAUACAAAAAUAGCAAAGGGAUUUAAGUGUCGCACAAACUUUAGAGAACAAUUCUGAAAAGCAAAAUUAGGAAAUAAAAGAAAUCCGUAUUGAGUUACUGCGCAGCGGUGCCAUCCCAAGCAGAACAGACUGACCUAGAGACAGAAACAUCUCACAGCUGCUGCCGGAAUUGUGGCGCUUCUGGAGGCUGCGAUUUCGGGACACCUGACAUAUAUUUUUUCCCGGAGGGGGGUUCUCGCUUCCUUUCCGUUUCCUUUACCGCUAAACGUUGAACAUGUUACACAAUGGCAACGGGCAGGAGGAAAAGCCGGAGCCAGAGACUAAGCCCGAAAAUGAAGCGGAGGAGCCGACCCGGAGUAGCACGUUCAGCCCGGACAGCGGCGACGGGCAGCCGGGGCUCUCGGUGCCCGUUUAUCCUACGCUGGAAAUAAAGCGCAAUACAAUAACGGACGAUUUCAAGAUAUCCAGUCAGGUCUUAGGGCUGGGAAUCAACGGGAGAGUGUUGCAGUGCUGCAACAGGAAGACAGGAGAAAAGUGCGCUUUAAAGAUCCUCUACGACACCCCCAAGUCCCGGCGGGAGGUGGAGCUGCACUGGCGAGCAUCAUGGGGGCCCCACGUCGUGCGGAUCCUCACCCUCUAUGAAAACAUGUACCGUGGGAAGAAGUGUCUGCUCAUUAUCAUGGAGUGCAUGGAAGGUGGAGAGCUCUUUAGCCAGAUUCAGGCGCGGGGAGACCAGGCCUUCACUGAGAGAGAGGCCUCGAAUAUCAUGCGCGACAUCGGGACGGCCAUCGAGCACCUGCACUGCAUAAACAUCGCUCACAGGGACGUCAAGCCAGAGAACCUGCUGUACACUACCAAGGAAACCAAUCGCGUCUUGAAGCUGACCGACUUUGGCUUUGCUAAGGAGACCACGCUGCAGAACUCCUUACUGACUCCCUGCUACACUCCCUAUUAUGUUGGUCUGUAUACCAUGUUGGUUUGUGAACUACAGGCGAUAGCGGAAUCAGGGCAAUCCAGGGGUCUGAAAGAGAGCGACAGGGGAAGUUCAGCUCAGAGUACAGGAGUGUCAAGCCCAGUUUUUCAGCAAGAAGCUCGGAACACGUUACAAGUAUGGAUUUCAUUGUUAGGAAAAGGGGCUUGAGGCAGGACUAAAAUAAAGUGGUAUUUAAUGAACGAGCUAAGCUAAGCUAAGACAGCUCAGUGUCGCAAUACCUAAAUUAAAACCAACAAACAAUUUAAAAGCAAAAUUCAAAACAAACAUACCCCGAAACAACAUAGGAACAUCUGUUCUCAACUGAUCAUUUCACCUGCCUCUCUGCAUUACUGCAAUAAAUACAAUUAUGUGAAUUAUGCAAAUAUAUCUAUGAGUAUUCAUAAUUUUGUAUCUUUGUUGACGGAAGAAACGUUUUAGAUGACAAGCUGUUUAAACAAGAUAUAUUUUUGCCACAUCAUUAGGAGAAGCAUCGUUUUUCUAACAAAGAUU